GGUAAACAAGGUCAAAAACGUGGUUUGCGUAGUUUUUGCUGCAGAGUAGGCCUAUAGUGAGGCGAAAAAGCAGAUAUGAAUUUUCACAAGAUCACUAGAGGCCUAUCUGUUUUCAUUCCACGAUGUAGAGUAUUGCUACAGUCAGAGAAAGCAUCAAAAAUCGCAAGAUCAGUUGGGUUUCUACAGACGACUCUUGAACCACAUAUCCUGCCUGCUGCAAGUUUCUGUGCAUCAAUUUAUAACAGAAAGUCAGUGUUUCUAAAAUUGGAGAGUGUGCCCUCAAAUGCAACUGAAGAAGACAUUAGAGGAUUUUUUACUGGUAUUGAUAUUGAAGAAGUAUUAUUUCAGUUUUACGAUCAUGGUGGGACUAAAAUGGUUUUCGUAAAAGUACCAGAAAACAAUGUUCCAGAAUUCGAAGCUCUAGCAAAAGAUAAAGCAUUUUGGGGGGAACAAACUAUAAGUGUGGAGAAAGAACUAAAUGAUGAUAACAGACAAAUGAUUGAUGAACUCCAAAGAGAAAAAGAAUUACAGGAAGCUCAAAUAUGUCCCAGUCAGUUUUUGUACUUCAAGAUAGAACCUGUGGACUUGACAACAACCGAAGAAGAUGUUAGAAAAUUCUUCGCUGGUGUUGACAUAAAAGAAGUGUUAUUGGAGCUGGACAAUGUGUACUUUGGGAGGGUAUAUAUAAAAGCAUCAGAUGCAAGUGCUGCGACAGUUCUGGCAUACGACGGUGAAUUUAUUGGAGAUCGUUGCGUGACCGUGAAGAUAAAUCAUAAGAAUCAAGUUUAUGACAUUGCUGCACUUCAUGCAAGAAAACGGAGAAAGGAAAUUCUGACAGGAGAAGGAGAGAACGAUAUGACAUACAUCGCUCUGGGAAGAAUUCCAAAAAGUACCAAACUUUCUGAAGUUGAGGACUUCAUAGGUGUGCCUACAUAUGAAGUGGUAGUAGGCCUGAGAGGUCACCGCCUCGUCAACAUAAGGCUUACUUAUUGCUUGAUUCACAAGGAACAUUUAGAUGAAGCUUUGAAAAAACACAAGGAAUGUAUUGGUGAUCGAUACAUCACAGUGCGCAAGGCUACUUUAGAUGAUCUGGUUGCUCUGACACAUGCCACGCACCUUAUGUAUUGAUGAAAUAUUGAUUCAGUGAAUUCAAGAACAUAUUCAUAUAGAUGACAGCAAGAAACUUGCCAGACAUUGACGUAUCUGUCCAUCCAGCGAUCCGCAAAUGCACUGAGAGGGUGCCACAAAUAUUUCCUCUCGGAUACUGAGCCCUUGCUUUACAGACUGGUGUUCCAUUCAAUUUGUGUAUCUGUAUCAUCGCCACAGUCACAGAUGUCUGAUCUGUUCUAGAGGAGUCGUAUUUUGAUCUUGAUCAGAAAGUUUUUCAUAACACUUAAGUGAUGCAAAUGCAUGUGUGUAAGAGAGAAAGAGAAAGGGAGAGAGAGUUUUUGUGUCGCCUGCAACGUGAGGCGACAUAUAGGUAUUACUUUGUCGGCGUCGUCGGUUGCGUCGUCCAAAACAAGGUUUCCGUACGAUAACUUGAGUUCCCUUGGGUUGAUUGAACAUGGUACGCAUAUACCAUAUGAAUAUAGCUCGAAUAAGUUCGCAUUUCAGAAGUUUACAUGCAUUUUUAGGUCACCUGAGACAAAGUUUAUUAUGGUUUAUAAU